GCAUUGUGGCCAUUGGCGGCUCAGUCUGUUACUCUCUAUUGGGCUGCGCACACGCAUUGAGUGGUUCCUUGCGUACACUAUGGAGGCGAACGGUACAUCGUUUUUAGACAGAGUGCUUAGUUUAGUUAAGGAGGACCGGUCUGAAAGUGUGCCGCUCGUACAGUUCAAACAUCCUAAGGAUUUGGAGGCAAUACUGGAUUUGGACGUGAAAGAAGGUGUAAAUGACAAAGACCUGGAGGCAUGCGUCCGCGAGGUGUUGAAGUACAGCGUGAAGACACAUAAGGCUACGUUCAAGAACCAGCUGUUCUGUGCCACGGAUCCUUAUGGGCUGGCCGGAGCUUGGCUUGCAGAGGCUUGUAAUACUAGUCAGUACACUUUCGAAGUAGGUCCAGUUUUCACCCUGAUAGAAGUAAAACUUCUGAACCAUAUCCUCAAAGUCUUCGGCAUUCCCAAUGGGGAUGGGAUCUUCAGCCCUGGAGGCAGUGUCUCCAUGAUGUACGGGCUGGUGGCUGCCCGGUACAAGGCGUUCCCAGAAAUCAAGACGAAAGGCAUGAGAAAUCUACCCGAAAUGGUUAUUUUUACUUCUCAAGAUAGCCACUACUCCAUCAAGAAGUCAGCUCAUUGGCUAGGUUUUGGUACAGACAGUAUCAGAAUCAUGCCCACCAAUGCCCACGGUCAGAUGCUGGUGGACAAACUAGAUGAAGCUAUCCAGAUUGAGAAGGACCUUGGCAGGUGUCCACUGUUCGUGAAUGCCACAGCUGGUACAACGGUGAUGGGUGCGGUUGAUGACCUGGAAGCUAUAGCUGAUGUCUGCAAGAAACAUGGAGUUUGGAUGCAUGUUGAUGGCUGUUGGGGAGGAAGUCUGAUGCUGUCACCUAAAUAUAGGAGCAAACUAAAAGGUAUUGAACGAGCCAACUCAAUAGCUUGGAACCCUCACAAAAUGAUGGGAGCGCCCCUGCAAUGUUCCGUCUUCAUGGUUCGAGACAAGGGGCUACUCCACGAAGCCAACUGCGCCGCUGCACAGUAUCUGUUCGCACAGGACAAGUUCUACGACGUGUCUUACGAUACGGGGGACAAGAGCGUGCAGUGUGGGAGGAAGAUAGACUCAUUCAAGUUAUGGAUGAUGUGGAAAGCGCGAGGUGACGUGGGACUCAGUGAGCUUGCAGACAGAACGAUGGCGACAGCGCAAUUCUGUAUGGAGACUGUGGCAAUCAGACCAGGUUUCAAACUGGUGUCCAAUGUCCUGCAGUGUCCCAAUGUAUGCUUCUGGUACAUUCCUACCUUCAUGAGGGGAAAGGCUGAAGAUGAACAGUGGUGGGAGAUUAUGCACAAGGUAACCCCAAAGAUCAAGGAGCUACUAAUUCUAAGCUCUCAGCUGAUGGUGGCCUACUCUCCUCUGCAGCAUCACAAGAACUUCUUCCGCCUGGCGUUCACCUUCCACCCACAGGUAGACCACCACCAAGUGCUGCAGAUGCUGGACUCUAUUGAGCAGUGCGGUGAGACUGUGACCAUGGAUAUGUUGACCUAAAGCAGUAUAUUCGCAUUUUAUUCCAUGUAAGAUAGUAAUUAUGAGAUGUCUUUGUAAUAAUGUAAUAUUUACGCUGUAAGGUGCAAACUGCUUUGGGCAGCAUUUUGUAAAUAUUUGGUGACAUGACUGAUUCGCUGCCAUGAAAUAAAGUGGGAGUUAUGGCUCCAGAUAUUACUACCAUCAGCCUACUGUAAUAGUAAUGUUACCUGACCAAAAUAACAGUAAUCUUAGUAUGAGUAAAAUAAAGUAAUCGAAACGAGAGGGCGUCCGCCGCUCUGAUUAGCCGAUUCUAAUAAACCAACCAAUCAGAGCAACGAAUGCGCUUUACUUGAAAUGUAUAGCAAACUCGUACUAAGGGUACAGUUUAAAUGCGAUGACCGAUAAUUUCGUUACCAAAAAAAACGUUCAAUAAUAUUUUAAGUCAGAAACAUUGUUUUUACAUGACAUAUAUUAUUUUGUGUAAUGUGAGAUGAAUAUGUAAUGUAGUGUAUAUUUUUCUUAAACAUUUUAAUUAUUGUACUUGCUCUGUUUUGUGACGUUAUGUUAUAAAUAAACAUAUUACAAAUUAUUUUAUUAACUACAUAUGUUUUAAUAGAUAAGAAGGUACAUACAGUACAUAGUACACACAUUUAUGCCAUUAAACAUGUUGCCAAUAAACGAUAGUUUCUAAAAC